ACUUUUACGGGGUAGAAAUAAAGUUAUACCGAAAGUUGGAAGUCAGGUCUGUCAUAAUUUCUGUUUGUGUAAAUAGGAGACUGAACUCGAAAGUUACAGGAGCGCAUUUGGGCAGAGCAGAGCUGGAUACUCUUUGACACCUGGAUACAGUGCCACUACCUGUUAAGGAAUCACCGCGUCACUGAGAAAACGGAAGAAAUUGGGAAGAAAGAUAUUCCAGGCUCAAUGGCAUGACCUAGUGCGGAGGUCUACAACCGUGGUUAUGGAGAGCCCCAAUGCAGCCGUUUCUAGAUGUCACAAGGAAAUCACCAAGUAGCGUUUUAAAUACGGGACCCGUGUUAUAAGAGUUUUUGACGUAAAUCAUAUAAUCAAUACCGGACUGUUCCUGUUGUAUUUGAUUAAUUAUUUACCAAAGCUUUAAUGCAGCGUGGUAAGUUCAGGUUAUGACUGCGAUGGCAACAUUAAUGUAAAAGCUACGUGAAGUCGCUGUGUCUUUUCAGUCACAACACAGGAGGUGGAGAAUUUACGUGGUGUACAAAUAGCCACAGCCACCAUUCACUCUUAUAUUUCGAAAGCUAGUCUGCACAGAAUCACCAGUCGAUAGGCAAACGCAGAAACAAAACGCUGCCAGUCAUCCAUCCAAGCAUCUGUCAAUAAGCACCAUUAUAGGAUGCUGUCUUUUCUGGAGCACAAAUGGGGCAGCCUCCUCUCCAGUACCACCUCCCCACGGGCACUCCUGCUUAGUGUCUUCCUCCUCCUGAUUGGCACUCUUUUGUUCAAGGCCUUGCUGAGGUUUGCCCGUUUCCUGUGGCACUAUGCCCGCAAUGCCCAGCGGGUAAAGUGUUUUGCUCAGCCAACCAAACGCAAUUGGUUCCUUGGACAUCUUGGUCUGAUGAAGAACACAGAGGAAGGCCUCAAGGCAGUGGAUGAGCUUGUCAAGACUUAUGAGCAUUCAUGCUCCUGGUGGUUUGGGCCAUUCUACUCCAUCAUCAGAAUCUUCCAUCCAGACUAUAUCAAACCUGUCCUGUUUGCUUCAGCUUCCAUCUCUUAUAAAGACGAACUCUUCUAUGGUUUUCUCCGACCGUGGCUAGGUGAAGGCCUGCUGCUCAGCAAUGGAGAGAAAUGGGCUCGUCACCGGAGGCUUCUUACACCAGCCUUCCACUUUGACAUCCUCAAAAUCUACGUGGAGAUUUUCAACAAUUCCACCGACAUCAUGCAUGCGAAGUGGCGACGCUUGCUUUCUGAAGGGACAACAAGCUUUGACAUGUUUGAGCAUGUGAGCCUGAUGACAUUGGACAGCCUGCUGAAGUGCACCUUCAGUUAUGACAGCAACUGCCAAGAGAAACCCAGUGAGUACAUAGCAGCAAUCUAUGAGCUGAGCACUCUAGUUGUGAACCGGGAGUACCAUCUACUGCACCACUUCGACUUUGUGUACUGGCGCACGGAGGAGGGCAGACGCUUCAAGAGGGCCUGUGACCUUGUGCACAGAUUCACUGCAGACAUAGUCCAGCGCCGCAGAGCCAAACUACACCAGCUGGGGGAGGAGAGCUACAGGCCUAGGAAGGGAAAAGUGACUGACUUCAUUGAUGUCCUUCUGCUUUCAAAGGAUGAAGAUGGUAAAGGGCUCACUGAUGAAGAAAUCAAGGCCGAGGCUGAUACGUUCAUGUUUGAAGGUCAUGACACUACAGCCAGUGGGAUUUCUUGGGUGCUGUACAACCUCUCUCUAUAUCCUGAAUACCAGGAGAAGUGUCGGGCAGAAGUGAACUCUGUUCUGCAGGGCCGGGACACAGAGGAGAUUGAGUGGAAUGACCUGACGAAUCUCCCCUUCAUCACCAUGUGCAUCAAGGAGAGCCUGCGGUUGUACCCACCAGUUACCGCCGUAACCCGCCGCUUUUCUGAAGACAUAAAGAUGCCAGGAGGACGAGUGGUGCCUAAGGGAAAUAUUUGCCUUGCCAGCAUCUAUGGUACUCAUCAUAACCCCAAGGUGUGGCCAAACCCAGAUGUUUACAAUCCCUACCGGUUUGACCCAGAGCAUUCAGAAGGCAGAUCAUCCUAUGCAUUUGUCCCUUUCUCAGCAGGACCAAGGAACUGCAUCGGUCAGAACUUUGCCAUGGCAGAGAUGAGGGUGGUGGUUGCCCUGACCCUGCGCCGUUUCCAGGUCACACCCAAGACAGUAGAGGUCCGCCGCAAACCAGAUCUGAUCCUCAGGGCUGAGGGGGGACUCUGGCUGCAGCUGGAACCUUUAACAAGCCAGUGACCCCCAGAACUGAUGACAUGAAUGUGGCAGAGCAUUUCAUCUCUGUUUACAGUACCUGUGAUCUUGUUUACUUAUUGCCAUGGCAGCUCCUACAGUAUGUCUGAAGGAAGGAAGCAGGAACUAAUUUUCACCUCACCACCAUACAGUUGAGACUUGUCAGAGAAGUGGGCGUUACCAUCCAGCUUCUCACAUCCAGCACUAAUCUUUUCCACCUGAGCUGCUUGCUGCCAAUUUGAUUUGAUCACUGAACACUUCCUGCAAAUGGGUUUUAAAGUGAUGCAUUUUUGUAGAGUGUUUGAAUCUACAGUAUUAUUUCCUCCUCCCCAGCUGCCGCUUGCUUCUUAGCUUCAUUUGAGUGGCUGUGGGUGGGGAGGUGAGCAUGGAUAUAAUCCUCCAAGAACACCUCCAUAUUAAUAAUAUUACAUUAUUACACUCACAAAGAGCAAAACCCAAAACCAAGGCCUGUAAAGUCAUGAUGCUAUGUGGCAAAGUCCGUCCACUCUGCACAAUCUUGAAUCGUAGUUCCUGGUCAGCCUGCCAGAUGCCACACUUACUAAACAGUAAAAGUCUCUAAAAAGAGGAAUUUUGUGUUUUUUUUAAUUCAGCUGACGAUAGGCUGAAGCAGGUGAUUUCUGAAUCAAUGGCUUGAUGCAACAAAAUUUAAGAAAUAUUGUUAUAAGAUCUUUAGCUUCCUUAUAAUAAUGAGAAUGGCUGUUUAUUUGGCUGACACCAUUAUCCAAAGAGACCACUGUAAAUUAAUCACAGUCUGUGCUCAGUUUGAUGCAGUUAAUUAUAUUCUAAGGAUUAAUGAGAUGCAGCACAUUAAAAUGACUUUUCUGUAUUCACGGGUACUGUUCAAUCAAUUAAGCAAACAAAACAUUUGAUGGUCACAUGCAUAGAACAACAGGAAAAACAUGGAUAGUACAGAUUUUACUGGGAUUGAGGGCACAUUUGUAAUCACUGAAUUACAUUCAUGCUAUUCUCAGAUCUCUUGUAUUAUCCAGAACAAAUGGGUUAACUUCACUGAUCCCUGAAACCACCUGAUAAUGUCCUGUAGUUUAUGUCUCCAUUUGUUAGAUGUUUCCUAUGAGUCUGGCAUGCCCUAACAAUACAGUACUCUUUACAGUCUUUACAGAUUCCACUACAGAUUUGUAGGGCUUAUAAACACCAAGCCAUAUGGUGCCUUCCAAGCCUUAUAACCAGCAAAAUAAUAUUUUUUAUAUAUUUGCUAAUAUACUUUGUAAUAUACUACAAUGUUAUAUUUUACAAUACUGCAAUCCUUUAAUUGUAUUUUUGUUUCUGGUUGCAUAAUUAAAUAUAUGCUUUUUAGGUUAUGGAUCCAUUAAGAGCCAGAUUUUUGUUAAUAAAGUUUUUAUACACUGUU